CAACACUGCUGUCAAGUCGCGAAAUUUGACGUUUUCGUGGCUGUCGUCCGUCGUCCUUCGAAGUUUUCUCCAUCGCUGCAGCGAGUGUUUUCCUCUAACGUGAAUUCAGCAAAAAAAUACUCCAUAAUUCGUUAAUUUCCUGCUCUAAAAGGCUCGGUCAAACCAUGGGUGGACACGGACACGGACCCCCGUACAAGGUGCCAGAUGCUUCGAUCUACAAAGUGGCGGAUGCCCCGCAGUUGGUGGAAGUUGAACGGGCCCUGGCUCGCCGUGGCCUGAAAGAUCCCUGGCUAAGGAACGAAGUCUGGCGCUACAACGUGAAACAGUUCGGCACUCAUCGGUCCCGGUUGCUUUCGUUCCUGUUCAAGGGAUUCCCCCUGGGCUUUGCCGCAUUUGUGGCUACCAUUGGGGUGGAGUUUGCUCUGGGAGUGGACUAUCACGGUCAUGGUCAUGGCGAUGGCCAUGGUGACGAUAACCACGGCCAUCAUUAGGGCACCCGCGGGAUCGAAGGUAGGAAACUUUCUUUUUAAAACAUUGUAAAAUAAACCACACGAAACGUUAAGGUCUAACAAAUGAGGGUUUGAAA